CUAGGCUGAAGCAACAAAGCAUUUCAGUCUUCCUGAGCCUCCUCUAGGUUGACCUGGGCUGCUUGUCCUCUGCUGUUAACUUCUGUGUGGCCGUGCCCUUUUGAACUUAUCCUUAAAAAUGAAUCCAGUUGUCACGCAGCCAGGAUAUGGCACAAGUAGUGCCGGGAUGGCUAGUGACUGGCAAACUGGUGUAUUUGACUGCUGCAGCAACAUAGGGAUUUGCCUUUGUGGGACUUUCUUUCCCCUGUGCCUUUCGUGUACGAUUGCCUCUGACAUGAAUGAAUUCUGCCUGUGUGGAGCAAGUGUCGCCAUGAGGACCAUGUAUCGAACCCGAUACGGCAUCCCGGGAUCUAUUUGCGGUGAUUUCAUGUUGCUGUCUUGUUUCCCUCUAUGCACCCUUUGUCAACUCAAACGAGAUAUUGAGAAAAGAAAAGAAAUGAAUGCUUUCUAAAAGAUGCUGGAUAAAAUUCACUUUGUGGUGAAAGAAAAUGCUGGAAUGAAAUACUGCUUUUAUUAAGUGCUAUCUCAUCUCAAGUCUUAGAAAUUAAUUCAAUUAAUCAUCUGGUUUCACAUGGCUUCAAAACAUUUUAAUUUGCAGUUUAUUUUGAAAGAAAUAUAUUUCCAGUGCUGUUCUCUAAGAUGACUCCAUUAAAACAAUUAAUUUCCAUUAAUUUCCUCAAUAAUUCUUAAUGUCUUUAAAUACUGCUUCAUGAGAAAUUACAAUACUCUUCUUUUAAAAAUGAA